ACCAGGCCAAGACUCCCAAGCGUAGACCAUCCAAAGGAAAUGAUCACGUGAUGUGCACAGAGGGGUUUGAUUUAAAAAAUUGCCGCGAAAGGUAGGGUUUGAUUUUGGCAAAAUAAUCAUUCGGUGCCUCUCAUUCAACAAGAUUUCAGCAGUGAAUUUCUGUAACCAAUGGAGAAAUCAACUUCAGUGGGUGGUGGUGGUGGAGGUGGUCCUCAAGGUCUGAGGCAAAUGAAUUUGGAAAAGUCCUUCAGGCUGGCUCUGCGUUCCCUUCUCACCACUUGUUCUAAGGAGGAAUUCUCGAAAGCAUUUCCAAGGUUCGGUACUGCUGAGCAAGAACGCCUUCCCCGCCUGUUUAUUCAGGUCAUUACUUCGUUGCAUGGAAAUAUAGAGGAUGAAUUUGAGUCUUUAUGUCUUGAAACACAGGUGGGAACCGCUCUUGAUACUAUAGAGCAACUUAGUGAAGAACAAAGUCUUGACCCUUUGUUUUCAGAGAAGACCCCUGCAGGUGAUGUUGAACAUGACCUGUUGAUGGCAAAGAAGAACGAGAUCCAGUACUUGAUGGGUAUGCUAAAAAAAGCUGAAGAACAAAAGCACAUUAUCAGUGCUCGUCUAGAACUCCUUAAGAAAGGAAGUCAGCAAGAUCUCUCAGCCACUUCAGAUGUUAUUGCGAAGUUGAGAAGUGGGAUUUUGAGUUAUGGGGCAUACACCAAUAAUGGGCUCCAUGAUACAUAAUUAGUAUGUUGGAGAAAUUGUCCAUUGUAAUAAAACAACUGCAUCCUUUGGUGGAUUGCAUCCAUGUGCCAUGGCAUCUGCCUGAUUGAAUGAAUUGUAUGCUUGAACUAGAAAAACUGAACAUUAAACCUUUGGGUUAUUCAGGCAUGUAUUUUUGGUCUCUUCAUCUGGAUACCACUUUUGAAUUAUAUUUUAAGAUAUUGAUUGUAUCA